AUGAGUCGAACGGAGGCAGAUCUAGCCAUCAAUAUCCGAAAGGCGACUAGUAUUGGAAAACAUGUGCGGAGCUGUAUUGUUUACACGUGGGACCACAAGUCUUCAGCGGCAUUCUGGGCGGGCAUGAAAGUUCAGCCCGUCCUCGCCGAUGAGGUCCAAACGUUCAAGGCCUUGAUUACUAUCCACAAGGUUCUCCAAGAAGGUCAUCCGAUUGUGGUUCGAGAGGCUCAGCAGCAUGCCAACUGGAUUGAUAGUCUAAUGCGAGGGGUCGGAGGUGAUGGCAUUCGAGGUUAUGCCCCAUUGAUUCGUGAAUAUGUUUACUUCCUUGAGUCAAAAUUGACUUUCCAUCGCAAUCACCCAGAAUUUAAUGGUCUGUUCGAAUACGAGGAAUACAUCAGUUUGAAGACCAUCAAUGAUCCCAACGAAGGCUACGAAACAAUUUCCGAUUUGAUGGCCCUGCAAGACCAAAUUGAUGCUUUCCAAAAGCUGAUUUUCUCCCAUUUCCAGUCAGGAACUAACAAUGAAUGUCGUAUUUCCGCGCUGGUUGCUCUUGUGCAAGAAAGCUAUGGUAUUUACAAGUUCAUUACCAGCAUGCUGAGAGCCAUGCACACCACGACAGGAGAUGAUGAAGCUCUUGAACCGCUUCGGGGUCGCUAUGAGGCCCAGCAUUACCGUUUGGUUCGGUUCUACUACGAAUGCUCUAACCUGCGCUAUCUGACCAGCUUGAUUACUAUACCCAAGCUGCCCCAAGAUCCUCCAAGCCUUCUGGGGGAAGAUGAUGAACGUCCAGCUCUGCCUAGGCGUCCAGCUAAGGAAGUUGAAGUCCAGCCAUCACCACCUCCCAAGGUCACUUCUACUGAGCCAGAACCCAUAAACGAUUUCUGGACCACGGAGGCUAGGCGUCAGCAGGAAGAAUACGAGGCAGAACAAGCCCGCCUCCAACAGCAGUGGGAAGAACAGCAACGGCAGCAAAUCCUGGCUCAACAGAAAGCUCAACAAGAUUUCGAGGAACAGCAACGUCUGCAAGCUGAACAACAACGUCUUGCCCAUGAGCAGCUCCUCCGAGACCAAUACUCAACACAGACACAGGGCCGACUUGCAGAGCUGGAACAAGAGAAUCUGAAUGCCCGGGCUCAGUACGAACGAGAUCAGUUGAUGCUGCAGCAAUACGAUCGCCGUGUUAAAGACCUCGAGGAACAAAUGAACCAAUUGAAUUCGAAUCUCAACAUGCAGAGUGCGUCCAAAGACGAGCAGAUUCGCUCUUUGCAGGACCAAGUGAAUACCUGGCGAUCCAAGUACGAGGCUUUAGCAAAGCUUUACUCGCAGUUGCGGCAAGAGCAUCUAGAUCUACUGCAAACAACUAAAAGCCUUAAACUUAAGGCAGCAUCAGCACAGGAGGCUAUUGAUCGCCGCGAAAAGUUAGAACGUGAGCUCAAGACCAAGAACUUGGAACUGGCCGACAUGAUCCGUGAACGUGACCGUGCUCUACAUGAUAGGGACCGCCUUACUGGUACAAACAAGGACGAGCUGGAGAAGAUCAAGCGUGAGCUCCGUAUGUCGAUUGAGCGAGCCGAAAAUGCCGAACGAUCAAAGGGGUCAGAGAUUUCUACCAUGCUUUCCAAGUACAACCGGGAGAUGGCGGAUCUUGAAGAGGCUCUUAGAAACAAAACUCGUGCUCUUGAUGAUAUCUCAACUCGGAAGUCAGAGUGGGACGGAGAUCACGCCCUAGUUCUGCGCGAGAAAGAGGAAGAGAUUGAGGUUUACAAGUCCGGCAUGGAGCAGGCUCUGAUAGAGCUGGAAGAGUUAAAGCUGAGUCAAGGUGAUACCGAUCAUGCACUGGACAGCCAAAUUGACACCGUUCUUCAUGGUACUGUAGCUAAGAUUAAUGAUAUCAUUGAUUCGGUGCUGCAGGCCGGUGUCCAACGGGUGGAUGAUUCUCUAUAUGAGCUUGAUUCUUCUAUGCAAGCCGGUAACCAGAAUGCAUCACCUUCAUAUGUCUUGUCACAAAUCGAGAAGGCAUCGGCAUCGGCUACGGAAUUCUCGACAGCAUUCAAUAACUUUAUCGCAGACGGGCCAAACAGUCCCCAUGCUGACAUUAUUCGCACCGUCUCCGUCUUUUCGGGAUCAAUUGCAGAUACACUCAGCAACACCAAGGGAUUAUCUCGCUUCGCUAAUGACGACAAGAGUUCUGACCAGCUGUUUAAUGCCGCCCGUAAGUCCGCACAGGCCACUGUGCGGUUCUUUCGUGGUCUGCAGUCCUUCCGCCUCGAGGGAAUGGACCCGUUGCAAAAGACGGACGUUGUCAUCAAUAAUAACCUGGAAGUACAGCGGGAUCUCCAAUCGUUGUCGAAGCUGGUUGAGUCAUUUUCACCCAAAAGCAGCAAGAUUACUACCAAUGGUGACCUGGGAGAUUUAGUGGAUCGAGAGCUGAAUAGGGCAGCCGACGCAAUCGAGGCUGCUGCUCAGCGUUUGGCUAAGCUCAAGAACAAGCCUCGUGAUGGUUAUUCGACAUACGAGCUACGUAUCAAUGACGCGAUCUUGGCAGCGGCUAUUGCCGUGACAAAUGCCAUCGCUGAGCUGAUCAAGGCUGCUACGGAGACGCAACAGGAGAUCGUACGUGAAGGUCGCGGCAGUUCAUCCCGUACGGCUUUCUAUAAAAAGAAUAACCGUUGGACUGAGGGUUUAAUAUCCGCUGCCAAAGCUGUUGCUGCUUCGACCAACACAUUGAUUGAGACGGCUGACGGUGUCAUAUCGGGGCGAAACUCGCCAGAGCAGCUUAUUGUUGCUUCUAAUGAUGUUGCUGCAAGUACCGCACAGCUGGUGGCUGCUAGUCGGGUCAAAGCUACAUUUAUGAGCAAAACGCAGGACCGGCUAGAGACAGCCAGCAAGGCUGUAGGUGCUGCCUGCCGUGCCUUGGUCCGCCAGGUACAGGAUAUCAUCAAAGAAAAGCAACGUGAUGAUACCGAUGCGGAGGAUUACACGAAGUUGAGCUCUCACGAGUUCAAGGUGCGUGAGAUGGAGCAGCAGGUAGAGAUUCUUCAACUCGAGAACAACCUUGCCCGUGCCCGCACCCGGCUUGGUGAGAUGCGCAAGAUCUCAUAUCAAGAGGAGUAA